AAGUUGUUACUUUACCUGGCUGAUUCGGUUCUUACUUUGCUUUUUGUCCUGUUUUGUCUGCCUUGGUUUUUUUGCAUUUCAGCUUUUGCUUUAUUAAAGCUCGCCUUUUGUUCCUCUUUAUCUUUGCCUCCUGUGCAUAACUGCUUUUGGGUCCACCUUCCCCUUCCAUAGUUUUCCCCUUUAAACCCCCACCUGACAACUUCAAGCAGUUGUGAUGACAGAAGUGACAGAAACAUGUUUAUAGCCAUGCUGUCAUUCACCCCGCACCAAAAAAAAUUCAGAUGAAAUUCAUUUGCUUGGCACCUGGCUGAAAUAAAUGAGCUGGAGCUUCAUGUGAGAGGACACACCCACUGGUCCUCAGUGAGAUCACACCCGUUUACUUUAAUUACCUGGACCGACCUCAGUGUGGACGGAUGUGUCUGAGAGGAAACCUGCCUGAGUCGUGUUCCUAACAUGAAAAAACAAGUGACAUUUGCAGAGAGUCAGACAAUCCACUGGCUCCAUCAGGACGAGGCUCUGCCGAGACGCAACAAGAAGUCCAAAGAUGCCUUAAACGACGCCAACAUGAACUCCAACAGUGGUUUGGAAACCAGCAGACCAGCAGCUGUGAGAUCUGAACCAGAACUCCAACACGUGACGAUGAUAACAAUCCCCAAAACCAUGACGGGAGCCCCAUUCCUCAAGCACUCAGCUCUGACGCCGGCUCAGAAGGAGUUUCUGUACUCCAUCGCAGCUUCUUCCAGCACCACGCACGUCCGAAACCUCAUCACACAACACUACAUGAACGUGCUGCACAGGUGUAUCCGCACAGGAGACGACACUGUCGGGACUUCCUUACCAGAGACUAAUGAGGGGGAGAGACAUCGAUCUGAGGUUUCUUCUCAGGGGAAGCACAAGGAGAAGAUAAACACCAGUGCAAAGAAUCCUGGGAAAUCAUUUCUUCCCAAAAUCCCCAACAGGAGAACCAGGAUUUCUAACACAUCAGCAACCAAACAAAGAUCGAUGAAGAAACCCACAACAUCACCAGCAGUGAGAAGGAAAAGUCCAAGAAGAGUGAGGAUCAGACUGUUGGAGGAGGAGGAGGAGGAGGAGGAGGAGGAGGAAGGACUGACUGUCUCUCUGAGUGACUGCCUGAGCUCGCUCUCUGUGGGAGAGUGGGAUGACGACAUCCUCUCAGAUUUAUGACAUUUCAAACUCUCAUUUUUAUGAAACCUGAGAACAACAUCGAGUGGAUUUUCCUUCCCCUCUCUCCUCACCUUCACAGCUGCAGGUCAGACUUACAAACCUGUCGUCAUCUGUGAAAUUGGGGAUCUAAAUAAAGAAGUCCUCUCUGUUCACACUUCACCAUGUGUUGUAAACUUUAGUGCCCUCCAGUGGCAGCAAGUGGAGAGUUUGUUCAUUUCAUUUCAAAGAAAUCACGUGUUCAGUUGUUAUACCAGAGGAAAAGCAUGAGCUCAACUUCUGAAAGGUUUUCUUCAGUCAUUGACCUUUAAACAAAUGUUAUCUCCCGACAUGAAAUAUAAAUGAUGUUUCAAACACUUCUUUACAAUGCCAGGAAUGUAAUUGUUGAGUAAUAUAAAUAAAUUUAGUCACAUUCGGGA